AAUGAGGGAAGGCCUGCAUUGCCUGAGCAUUCAAACUAGUUGAGGGAAUAGUUUAACAGUGAACAAAUUGUCUUCCCCCUUUGUAUUGCAAGAAUUUAAAAAGCAAGAAACACACUCAAGACAAUCUAGCUAGCUACAACAAGUCGUUGGGCCUUUUGUGUUGAAUAGUCAUGCAGGUUUGAGAGAGAAGGCGGUAACUAACAGCUAACGUUAGCUUGUUGACUUCUUGUCUUUGGACUUACAGUAUCUUGUCAUUAAGAGACAUUCCCGAGGGAGAAUUAACCCUGGCUACUGAGUGGAACAGAAGUUGACCGGUGUCUGAAAAUGAUCAUUGAAAACCUAGAUUCCUUGAAAACGUGGCUUUUCAAAACCCUCGAACCCAUUUGUGAUGCGGAUCCUUCUGCCCUCGCUAAAUACGUCGUUGCCUUGGUGAAGAAAGACAAAAGUGAGACGGAACUCAAAGCCCUAUGUAUCGACCAGUUGGACGUAUUUCUACAGAAAGAGACGCAGACCUUUGUCGAUAGACUGUUUGAAGCUGUCAACACCAAAAGCUACUACCUACCUCAGCAGCAGGACCAUCAGCCAGGCCCCGCGGCCAAAGCGGCGGUACACCUGACCAGGACGGACAAAGACGACCAGAGGAAAGACGAGCCAAGUCGUGAGGAGGACUGGGGCAAGAAGUUCUCCAGGAGAGUGAACUACAGCCCCCCGUCCAGCUCCCGCUACAGCAGAGACAGCAGACGAGGGGAUGGCCGUAAAAGGGAGGACCGUACCAGGAAGCGAAAUGAUUACGACCGCAUCCCCCCGAGACGGGACUCGUACCGGGACCGUUACAACCGGAGGAGGGGUCGUAGCGGUAGCUACAGCCGCAGUAGGAGCAGGAGCAAGGACCGGGCCAGGGACCGGGAGAGAGACCGAGACCGCAGUAGCAGGAGUCACAGCAGGAGCAAGGACCGGGCCAGGGACCGGGAGAGAGACAGAGACCGCGGUAGCAGGAGUCACAGCAGGAGCCACUCCAAGAGCAGAGAGCGGGAUGCUGGGAAGUCAAAGUAUGAGCCCGACCGAGGAGACCGGGGGACGGAGGUUGGAGCUGGCGAAGGCCUCCUGCCGAUCCCCACGGCAACCACCACGUUCCCCGUGCCGACCCUCAGCAGCACCAUCACGGUGAUCGCCCCUCAGGGUAACCACAGCAACAGCAUCACCUCGGUGACGGACAGCUGGUCGGACUUCCACCCGGAUCAGUCACUGGACCGGCCUCUUCCGCCACCGCCCUUCAACCGGGGUCCGCCCCCUCAGCAAAGGAAACGUUGCCGUGACUACGACGAGAAGGGCUUCUGUAUGCGCGGAGACAUCUGCCCGUUCGACCACGGCAUCGAUCCAGUGGUGGUGGAGGACGUUAAUCUACCAAACAUGUUCCAAGCCCCUCCCCCUAUCCCGGGGGUCGCCCAGCCCCCGCCCGGCCUACCGCCCCCCCCAGGACCUCCCCCUCUCAUGACCCCACCGCCCGUCAACCUCCGUCCCCCCGUGCCCAUGCCAUCCAGCCUGCCACCCAGCCUGCCACCAAUUCUGUGUCCCCCCCCCCAGGUCCCUCUCUCCAGGCAUCAGGGGAUGGACGCUCCUCCUAACUCCAUCACCAGCUCUGUUCCCACUAUUGUAACCACAGGGACACGACCCUCCAUCCCCCAGCCUCCACCUCCUCUCUUCUCACCAGACCAGUAUGACUCUGACAUGUAUAACCCUGAAGACCCCAGCCUCACCAACACAUCCAGGCCUGUAUAUCGCCACAGAGUCAACGCCCAAAGACCCAACCUCAUAGGACUGACGAUGGGGGACGACCUGCCUCACAGAGAUCAGAUGCCCAACAGCAACAGAAUGAGGAUCGUUCUGGACUCGGCCUCUAGGAAGAGAUCUGAUGUCUCACACCACGGAGCGAUGCCCCUCAAGAAACCCUGGGCCGACAAACCUAACUUCAACCAGCAGAACCUCCAGGGUGGGUUCCACAACAAGAACCCUCAUCACCAGAACCAGAAGGCGUCGUUCGGGUCUAACACCAAGCUGGCGGUCCGUCAGAUCCCUCAGGGUCUCAACAACAUCUCCAAGCUCAACGAACACUUCAGCAAGUUCGGGACUAUCGUCAACCUGCAGGUAACCUAUGGUAAUGACCCGGAGGGGGCCCUGAUCCAGUUUGACAGUCAUGAGGAGGCUAAGCGUGCUCUGCAGAGUCCUGAGGCCGUUCUCAACAACCGUUUCAUUAGAGUCCUCUGGCACUGUGAGGACGGGAUGGGACCGCAGGGAAUGGGACCGCAGGGAAUGGGACCGCAGGGAAUGGGACCGCAGGGAAUGGGACCGCAGGGAAUGGGACCGCAGGGAAUGGGACCGCAGGGAAUGGGACCGCAGGGAAUGGGACCGCAGGGAAUGGGACCGCAGGGACAGCAACACCAUCAACCACAGUCACUCAUGGCCUGUUGUCGUUGA